GUGUAUUAUGCCAUUCGCUGGCUACCCUUCUUCCCGAGUCAUAUAACACUUCGAGAACAGCAAUCGAGUCGCUUAUUUCCACUCGCUUUGAACUAGAUACUUGCUCACAUUUAAACGUAACUAUCUUGCCCAUAAGAAAAAACCACAUAGAUACACACCAUGCCCGUCAUCACCACAAAGGAGCCCGCUUCAGCCGUCGCCGCGGCCCUCGUGGCCGAGGCCAGCGAGAGCAAGCCGGCGUUCCUCGUCGUCUACGCCUCGCACCGCAACGGAAGGUCUUGGUGCGGCGACUGCACCGCCGCGGAGCCGUACAUUGAGAAGAAGUUUGGCGGCGGCGAACAGACCGUCCGGGUUGUUUACGCGGGGCUGCCCGAUGAAUGGAGAACGAAGGAGAACCCGUGGAGACAGGCGCCGUUCAACGUGACUAACCUGCCUACCCUCAUCAAGGUCUCAGGAGACAAGAAAUGGGAGAAGCUGGUGGAGGCGGACGUCUACGACCAGAAGAAGCUUGACGCCUUUGUCGGCAGCGGCAGCAGUCGGUUGUAAGCGCUUGGAGAGCACUGAUAGCCCUUGAAUAAAGAAUCAAGUGAAAAAAAUAAAGUCACAACAACAGC